ACUGCAGACUUCGUGGGGCCCCAGCAGCAGACAGCCCAAGAACCCAGUUCUCGCGAAACCAGGACCCGAGCUGAAGGGCAGGAUUUGCCCCAGGCCCGCGGGGCCCCUCGCCCACGGCCGAGGGGGUGGGGCGGCCUCGCCUCAGGCCGCUGCUUUUCGCCCUCCGUUGGCCGCCAGAGGCUCCCUCUCUCUCCCUCUCCUGGGAUUUUGCUGCCGGGCUCCCUCUCUCUGCGGCCCUAGAGUUAAUCCCAUCAGCCGAGAUGAACCUCUAGUUUUGCUUUGAAAAAGCCAUUUUGUGUAACUCUUGACUGAAUAAUUUCCUAAUACACCUGUUGGGAAGAUCACUGACACAGUAUGCCAUUUGAGAGGUACUUUUUCUUGACCAGAUACUGGUGAUUAGAGAAGAGAGGUGUUUUGUUUUUUUGGUUUUUUUGUUUUUCCUGAUCAUUAUGAACAUUGGCUUUUCACCCCUGAAGUAAAAAUGUUGAAAACCGAGUCUUCAGGUGAACGUACCACUCUCAGAAGUGCCUCUCCUCACAGGAAUGCAUAUAGAACUGAGUUCCAGGCACUGAAAAGUACCUUUGACAAACCCAAGUCAGAUGGGGAACAAAAAACAAAAGAAGGUGAGGGCUCCCAGCAGAGCAGGGGAAGGAAAUAUGGCUCCAAUGUCAACAGAAUUAAAAAUCUAUUUAUGCAGAUGGGUAUGGAACCCAGUGAGAAUGCUGCAGUCAUUGCCAAAACCAGGGGGAAAGGUGGACCUUCAUCCCCUCAGAGGCGAAUGAAGCCCAAAGAAUUUCUGGAAAAAACAGAUGGCUCAGUUGUUAAGUUGGAGUCCUCUGUUUCAGAACGAAUUAGUAGAUUUGACACAAUGUACGAUGGCCCUUCAUAUUCUAAGUUCACAGAAACUCGCAAGAUGUUUGAGAGAAGUGUGCAUGAGUCAGGACAGAACAACCGCUAUUCCCCAAAGAAGGAGAAAACUGGAGGGAGUGAACCUCAGGAUGAAUGGGGUGGUUCUAAGUCCAACAGAGGCAGUACUGACUCCUUGGACAGCCUUAGCUCCCGGACAGAGGCUGUCUCCCCAACUGUGAGUCAACUGGGUGCAGUAUUGGAGAACACCGAUUCCCCCAGUGCCAUCAUUUCUGAGAAGGCUGAGAACAGUGAAUACUCAGUGACUGGGCAUUAUCCCCUGAAUUUACCAUCUGUUACUGUUACAAAUCUUGACACCUUCGGGCACCUGAAGGAUUCUAAUUCUUGGUCUCCUCCAAGCAAACACAGUGACGAUGCAGAGGAUGCUCAGAAGAGUCAUACAACUCCGGUACUAGAAGUGGCUUCGAAAAGUACCUCUGUAGCUUCAGUGCCCACUGGAGAGGCACAGCAGAGCAAGGAAGCCGAGGAGGACUCCACAUCUAACCAAGAGACUGCUGACAGAACUGACAGAGACAUUCCUGAAGAACCUUGUGCUGAAAACAAGGCAGUUACAGAGUCUGAAAUCCCUUCACCACAAAACGAACCUUCAGAAGACGCAGAAGCUCAUUUGGUUGGGAGUGAGGCAGCAAUGCAACAGAAGAAAGAACUUGCAGGUGGUGAUUUUACCUCUGCUGAUGCUUCUGGAUUCAGUUGUGGAAAGGAGGUAUUCGAAGAUUCAAAUAAUUUUGGGAGCUCCCAUGUUUACAUGCACAGUGACUAUAAUAUAUACAGGGUGAGAUCCAGGUAUAACUCAGACUGGGGAGAAACAGGCACCGAACAGGAUGAGCAGGAAGAUAGUGAUGAGAACAGUUACUCUCAACCUGACAUGGAAUACUCAGAAAUCGUUGGACUGCCAGAAGAAGAAGACAUCCCGGCAAAUAGGAAAAUUAAGUUUAGUAGUGCUCCAAUUAAGGUCUUCAGCACAUACUCCAAUGAAGACUAUGACAGGAGAAAUGAUGAAGUUGACCCUGUGGCUGCUUCAGCCGAGUAUGAACUUGAAAAGCGUGUAGAAAAGCUGGAACUUUUCCCAGUGGAACUAGAGAAAGAUGAGGAUGGACUUGGUAUAAGUAUUAUUGGAAUGGGUGUUGGAGCAGAUGCUGGACUUGAAAAGCUGGGAAUAUUUGUCAAGACAGUGACGGAAGGUGGUGCUGCUCAGCGAGAUGGCAGAAUACAAGUCAAUGACCAGAUUGUGGAAGUGGAUGGAAUCAGCUUGGUGGGUGUCACACAGAAUUUUGCUGCAACAGUUCUCAGAAAUACCAAGGGCAAUGUCAGAUUUGUUAUUGGGCGAGAAAAACCAGGACAAGUGAGUGAGGUUGCCCAGUUGAUAAGCCAGACGCUGGAACAAGAAAGGCGCCAGAGAGAGCUGCUUGAACAGCACUAUGCCCAGUAUGAUGCCGAUGAUGAUGAGAACACUGUGGCUGAAUUGCAAGGAGUGUCUGGCAACUGCAAUAACAAUAACAACUAUUUCCUUAAGACAGGAGAAUAUGCCACAGAUGAAGAGGAGGAUGAGGUAGGACCUGUUCUUCCUGGCAGUGACAUCGCCAUUGAAGUCUUCGAGCUGCCUGAGAAUGAGGACAUGUUUUCCCCGUCAGACCUGGACACAAGCAAGCUCAGUCACAAGUUCAAAGAGUUGCAAAUCAAACAUGCAGUUACAGAAGCAGAGAUUCAAAAAUUGAAGACCAAGCUGCAAGCAGCAGAAAAUGAGAAAGUGAGGUGGGAACUAGAAAAAACCCAACUCCAGCAGAAUAUAGAAGAGAAUAAAGAAAGAAUGUUGAAGUUGGAGAGCUACUGGAUUGAGGCUCAAACGUUAUGCCACACGGUGAACGAGCACCUCAAAGAGACUCAAAGCCAGUAUCAGGCCUUGGAAAAGAAGUACAAUAAGGCAAAGAAACUGAUCAAGGAUUUUCAACAAAAAGAACUUGAUUUCAUCAAAAGACAGGAAGCAGAAAGAAAGAAAAUAGAAGAUUUGGAAAAAGCUCAUCUUGUGGAAGUUCAAGGCCUGCAAGUACGGAUUAGAGAUUUGGAAGCUGAGGUGUUCAGGCUACUGAAGCAAAAUGGGACUCAAGUUAACAAUAACAACAACAUCUUUGAGAGAAGAACAUCUCUUAGUGAGGUCUCUAAAGGAGAUACCUUGGAGAACUUGGAUGUCAAGCAGACAUCUUGUCAAGAUGGCCUAAGUCAAGACUUUAAUGAAGCAGUCCCAGAGACAGAACGCCUGGAUUCAAAAGCGCUGAAAACCCGGGCCCAGCUUUCCAUGAAGAACAGACGCCAGAGGCCCUCUAGGACAAGACUCUAUGAUAGUGUCAGUUCAACAGAUGGAGAAGACAGUCUGGAGCGAAAGCCUUCAAACAGUUUCUAUAACCACAUGCACAUUACCAAAUCACUUCUGCCCAAGGGUUUGAGAACUUCUCCAGAAUCAGAUUCUGGUGCUUCAUCCCUCACUCCAGUGGCUGGCAGUGUGCCCUUCUCGUCUGACCACAUAGCUGAAUUUCAAGAGGGACCCCUGCACCCAGAAAGGGAGCCUUCCUCCUCUACUGGGGGAGACACGUCAUUCUCCUCUCCUUCAAAAUCUGAUCAUGAUAUGGAAGAAUCUCCUUGCCACCAUCAAGCCACCACCAAGAAAAUACUACAAGAAAAAGAUGGUGCCAAAGGUCCCAGAUCACUGAGGGCAUCAAGUUUGUUGGUGGUGCGAGGAGGAAAAUUUAAGCGGAAGUUUGUGGAUCUGGGGGCGCCUUUGCGAAGGAAUUCCAACAAGGGAAAGAAAUGGAAAGAAAAAGAGAAAGAAGCCAGUAGGUUUUCUCCAGGUAGCAGGAUCUUCAGCGGCAGGCUGGAACACUGGAAACCGAAGCUGUCCUCCACUGCUCAGGCCUCCACGCCGUCAGCGGGCCUGCCUUUCUCGUGGUUUAACGAAAGCCGGAAAGGAUCCUAUUCCUUCAGGAACCUGCCUGCAUCUGCAAGUCCCCUUCAGCCUUCUCCUGAAACUCUAAUUUCAGAUAAAAAGGGGUCUAAGAAUUUUACCUUCAAUGAUGACUUCAGUCCCAGCAGUACCAGUUCAGCAGACCUGAGCGGCCUGGGAGCAGAACCCAAAACACCUGGGCUCUCUCAGUCCUUGGUGCUCUCAUCAGAUGAGAGCCUGGAUAUGAUAGAUGAUGAGAUUCUUGAUGACGGACAGUCUCCCAAACACAGUCAGUGUCUGAAUCGGGCCGUUCAUGAAUGGAGCGUGCAGCAGGUUUCUCACUGGCUAAUGAGCCUAAAUCUGGAGCAGUAUGUCUCUGAAUUCAGUGCCCAAAACAUCACUGGAGAGCAACUCCUGCAGUUGGAUGGAAAUAAACUUAAGGCUCUUGGCAUGACAUCAUCCCAGGACCGAGCAGUGGUCAAAAAAAGACUCAAAGAAAUGAAAGUGUCUCUAGAGAAGGCUCGGAAGGCCCAAGAGAAAAUAGAAAAACAAAGAGAAAAGCUGAGGAGGAAGGAACAAGAGCAAAUGCAGAGGAAGUCUAAAAAGACGGAGAAGAUGGCAGCUGCCACAGAGGGUGCUGGUGAGCAGUGACACACACAGAGAAGUUUCCACCUC